CCCUCCAUUGUCUUCAACUACCGGCUUUCUCCUCCUUCCUGCUGAUCUCGAUUGUGCCGCAUCACACCUUUUGCAUCCCAAGUUCGACGACCCGAACUCUCCUCCCAGGAGCUCGUUCCGAACCCUCCAACCAGCCCUGUUCGAGCUCAUCCACACACCAUCUCACUCGACACACCCAGCACACGUCGACCACUCCUCUAGCCGUCAUGGCCUACAGAUCAAGCGACAACGACCUCGCCUACGGCGAGCGUUGGGACCGCGACCGCUUCGCCUCCGAGAGGGACCGUGACCGCCGCCAGCAGAGCAGAGGCCCUAUGCCAUACUGGGACCGCGACCGCCGGCGGCAAGAGUCUCCCGACGGCGUCCGCUUCCAGUCUCGCGGGCCCCCUGGACCUCCACCUCCCCGGCCGUGGGAGGACGACUACCCCGUGCGCGACCGCCGCUACUACGAGGACGACGGCCCGCCCCGCCGCCGCCGCUCUCCGGACUUUGAGCGCAUGCCUGAGAGAGAGCAGCGCGGCCCUUCGCCUCCGCGCAGGCCGACCCGCAUGAUCCGCCGCCAGUCCUCUCUUGACACGUACGACCGCAAGCCGGUCCCUCGCUUCUUCGAGAGGGAGAGAGAGGAGUACGGCCCUCCAGCGCGCCGUGGGGAUGUCCGCCCCGAGUACCGCCCAGACCCAUACCAGCCCAUUCCUCUCCCCAGAUCGCGCGCCCUGCCGCCCCCGCGGACGUAUGCCGAGCGUGACUACGAGGAGAUCAAGAUCCAGGAGCCCGACCGGUACGGCAACGAUGAGUACCACCCUUACCCGGAGCGGGUAACGGAGAGAGAGAUUGUCCGCUCCACCCGCAGACGGGACCGCAGCGGCUCCCGGACGAGCCGCCGGACGGCCCGGUCGCACAAGAGCAGCGCGCGGAGCAGCUCCCGGACAUCGACCACAUCCAGCAGCUCCAGCAGCAGCUCCAGCACCAGCGGCGGCACGACCGUCACUGUCAAGAGCGAAUAUCCGAAGAAGGGCAAGACCAGGAUCCCCGCGCGCCUCGUGUCGAAGCGGGCCAUUAUCGAUCUCGGAUAUCCUUACACUGAGGAGGGCGGCACAAUCAUCGUCCAGAAGGCCCUCGGCCAACAAAACAUUGAUGACCUGCUCAAGCUCAGCGAGGACUACAAAAAGUCCGAGCACGAGGUCAUUGCUGCCCGCUCUGUCGCCGGCCACGUCGUCGAGGAGCGCAAGGAGGAGAUUUUUACCAUUCCUCCCCCGCCACCGGCCGCGCCAGUCGUGGCAGCUCCCGUCGUGGCAGCGCCAGUCGUUGUCCCGGCGGCACCGGCUCCUGCCUCCUCCGUCUCAGAGGAGGUGUUCAGGGAGACCAAGAUUGUGCGCGAGGUCUCGCCGGCCCGGACGUCCAGGAGCUACUCGACGUCCACGACGAGCCGGACGCCGCUCAUCAUCGACGGCGCCGAGCCCGACUACGGCUACGACUACGGCCAGGUUGCCAUCGUCGGGGACCGCCGCCGGACCGACCGGGAGAUCAAGUACGAGAUUGCCAGGCUCGAGGCGGAGCGCGACCUCAUGCGCUCGGACCACCACCACCAUCACCACCACCACGGCCGGCACCGCAGCCACAGUCAGAGCUACGGCCGCGACGUGGUCCGCGCCGAGCGGCUGCCCACGGGCGAGCUGGUGCUGUACGAGGAGGAGGUCGUCAAGGUCGAGGAGCCGCGGCGCGGAGUGCGCAUCGAGAAGGACAAGAAAGGUCCUCCACCUGGACUCAUGCGCGCUAUGCUCGCUACCCUGACCUAGUUUGCACCAAUUACACGGCGGCUGUAUUGGCGUUUUUUGGAAGAGAUAAUUUUGCUGGAUAUGGGACGGGCGUGCAGUUUAUUGCCGAAGGCUGCUUUUUUCACACACACGUUGAGUGUUGCUGCUUACUACACAGUGGCACUUUCUUUUCUCUCUCGGAUUCGGAUACAUAUAUACAUAUUUGUGUGGGUGAAAACCAGCGGGAUGGCUACAUUUUAUUAACGACAUUAUGACCACAAAUAAACUCAAAAAUGCAACCAACCAACCACUUGC